AUGCGUUGCAUGUCUACUCUCACGUUCUUGAGCGCCGCCUUGCUAGUGGCCCAGCCGGCACAUGCAGCUGUCGAUGGUCUCUGUCCCAUCAUAGGCGCCGUCUUGCCGCCGCCGGUGAACCCUGGCUCUCACCCAGCAGUGGACAAGGCAAUUGCCCACCUCCAAUCGUUCCUCGAGACGACAACCAGCAAGCUCAACGUCUCUAGCGUUUCGGUUGCCAUCAAAUCCAUCCACGAGGAUAAGAAACUGCUCGAUUUCCAUUCAACGCCACCAACGCUGGACUCUAGGGGCGUGAAGACUGUCGAUGGCAAAUCCAUCUACCGCGUCGGCAGCAUCUCAAAGAUUUUCCCCGUUUUGGCUGUCCUGAAACUGGAUGGCGUUAGCCUCGACGACAAGAUCACAAAAUACCUGCCUGAACUCCGAGGCCUUGUUAACCAACAACCCGUUAGAGAUUCUUUGACCGAGGUGGAGUGGGACGAAAUUACCCUAGGGGCGCUGGGAGCACACAUUAGUGGUAUCAGCACGGAUUACGUCAUUGACUAUGCAAGCUUUCCUGGAUACGUAGAUCAGGCGGUAAAGCUAGGUCUUCCAGGGGUGAAGAAUAUAACAUCGACGGGGUGCGCCGGAAUUCCAGGCACUCGACCAUGUGAAUGGGAAGAUUUCUUCAGGGGCUUUGGUGGACGGGCACCGGUUUUCGCCCCCUUCAGCGCCCCGGCGUACUCCAACAUUGGCACGCCUCUGUUGGCCCUGGUUGUAGAGAAGGUCUCCAAAAUGAGCUACGAGGAUUUCUUGACCGAGAGGAUCCUUGCACCGCUGGGUCUCAAUAGCACGGGCUCCGUCAUACCUGAGGAAGCCAAGGGCGUCAUACCCAAGGGCGACUUCUGGUUUGGGACAGACACUGGUUUCGAGACGCCAGCUGGUGGACUAUACUCGUCCUCGGACGACAUGAUCGCCUUUGCCGACGCUGUUCUGUCCAACAAAGUCCUCUCACCCGCGCAGACUCGCAAGUGGUUGAAGCCGCUGACCAACACGGCCUCGUUGGGCACACAGCUGGGAGCGCCGUGGGAGAUUUUCCGCGCCAUCAACGUCACCCGCGACCAGCGCGCCAUCGAGGUGAUCACCAAGGGCGGAGACCUGUUCAACUACCGCGCCAGCAUGGCCCUGGUUCCCGACUAUGGCCUGGCCAUGACAGUCCUAGUGAGCGGCGACACCGCCGAGAUGGGCGCCAUCGUGCCUUCCGUCCAGGCGACCGCCGUCGAGAUUCUUCUGCCGGCCCUGGAGCGGGAGGGCAAGGACCAGGCGGCAGCGGCGUACGCGGGGAGGUACACCGACGAAGCGACCAACUCGACCAUCCUGCUCGAAGUGGACCCGGAUCGCGAUGAUGGACCAGGAAUUCGGGGUUCCGAGGUUGUGAUACGCGGAUUCGACGUGCUGAAAAACUAUCCCCUGUACGACAACCUCAACGGCAGGGCCCCCAGCACCAUGCCGCUCGUCAGGCUCCGGAUGCAGCCGACCGAGGGCCUUUCGACCGGCAAGAGGCAGUCGUGGCGCGGAGUUUGGAAUGUCGGCUCGGCGGAGCAGGUUGCAGCGCGCGAUGCGGCGUUUCCCUGGGCUGAGAACGGCUGCAUCACCUGGGCGAGCACAGAUCGGUUGGUAUACGGGCUGCAGGCGUUGGAUAGAUUCAUCUUCAACGUCGAGCCCAGAAGCAACGGGAUGAUCGAUGCGCAGAGCCUGGAGUUUCCUGCUUUUCAGGUAAAGCUGGUCCGCCAGAAGGCAUGCAAGGUCCGCAGGGGUGGCAGUUAG